AUGCAGGUGAAAUGUGGAGUGAGAGGGCAUACAGGACCAGGUUGCAAUGCUGUUGGCAUGAUCGACCGAAGUAUAUUUGGAAUCCAGCAUCUUUAUACACGCCCGGUCUAUCUCAAAACAGAGUGGUGUAGCAUCGACUCCCCCAACAAUGGACCGCUCCCGUCUGACGCGGCACCAUGGUGUGAAGCCCCUUUCGAUCCAGAGGGCCUCCUAAGCUCCUUGAUGGCAAUAGUCACCUGCUUGGUCGGGCUCCAGUUCGGACAUGUCAUCAUCCACUUUAAAGAGCAUGAUGAGAGAAUGGUGCGGUGGUCCCUCUCGGCGUUGA